UAGAUAGAUUUGUAAAGUUUUUGGAUCUUGUGAAAGAGAAAGGGAGAGAUGUUGACAUGUCUGGACUGGACUUCCAGGGAUGCACAAGUUCAGAGCAAGAAUGUAAAUGCACUUUUUAGCAGCUUUCCCCCUCCAUUCACGCCAUCAUGACAUGAAUAGGCCCGUGCACUCACGAUGGGUUGGGUUGUUGUGUGCGCGUGUGUGUGCGCGUGCGUGGGUGUGUGUGUGUAGACACCGGGUCUGAUUCAUCAAGUUUCAGAAGAAGAAAUCAAGAACCCAUAUGUGUCACAAUAUUCUCACUCUGCUUCUCUUUCUCUCUCGUUCUUUCUCUCUGUCUUUUCCUGUUGCUUUGGGCUGCCUCUCGUCUUUCUUCCUCCCUCACCGGAGCGAAGGCAUGUUGAUUGAUGGGAGCGUUGUAGUGGUUAGCGAAGGAGUGAAAGAGAAUAAAAAGAAGGACUCGCUUGUGCUCGUUCACUCGUCCAUCGUUGAUCCGCAAUUGAAUCGUCUCCUCCCCGUACACAGGUCCGAUCCCGGCCGAGCGAGGGGGCGAGCUGGCCAUGGGGGGAGGUCGCAGCGAGACCUCAGCAUUGAGCGGGACGGGAGGGGGUCGGGGCGUGACCACUAACCAGAAUUCCCAACGCCCCAACGCCUGCUGCUUCUGCUGGUGCUGCUGUUGCAGCUGCUCAUGUCUCACCAUCAGGAAUGAAGAGGAGAGACGGAAGCGGAGGAGGAGGAAGAGAUUACCACAGGAAACAAAGAUGGAAACCAUACCAAACUGUGAACCUUGCCCCAAACCUUCAACGGAAGAGAUCCGGCUGUGGUCUCAGUCCUUCGACAAGCUGAUGAGGAACCCAGCAGGUCGAAAUGUUUUCCGAGAGUUUCUGCGAACGGAGUACAGUGAGGAGAACAUGUUGUUCUGGCUGGCCUGCGAAGACCUCAAACAGGAAAUGAACAAGAGUGCCAUUGAGGAGAAAGCGCGGUCCAUCUAUGAAGACUACAUCUCUAUAUUGUCGCCAAAAGAGGUGAGCCUGGAUGCCCGGGUUCGAGAGGUGAUCAACAGGAAGAUGCAGGACCCGACGCCUCACACGUUCGAAGACGCCCAGCUCCAGAUCUACACACUGAUGCACAGGGACUCCUACCCACGAUUCCUCUCCUCCAACAUCUACAAGUCGCUGGUUCACGGCGGCUCUCGUACCUCCUCAGAAUCCUAGUCCCACACCGCGUCCGCUCUCUCCGCCAUCCUGCGCUCACAGGAUCGACGCCAGAGCCUUUCACCAGUUUUCUCCUCACUCCCAGACCAAACCUUUCACUCCUUCUUACACGGACUUUUCUGCAAAUCCCAGUCUCUCUGCAAAUACUGCCAAGACGUUCACCCCCUUCAUACCCUCAACUUGUUGUAGUGUUGCCAAAACCUCCGUUCCUCUCAGUUUACUCUGCUAUUCUGUAUUCCUUCUAUUGUCUUUUGUUCUGUUCCUUUGUUCUCUUUUACUCCCCUCUGAUCCAUUCUCUCUCUCUAAAAAUGUCCCGAGGGACCUUUGGGAACAAGAAAAACCACAGUGAAACAGAUAUAUGACAUCUCAUCUCAUCUUCUACCGCUUAACCCUCACUAGGGUCGCGGGGGUUUCUGGAGCCUAUCCCAGCUGGCAUCCGGCGAGAGGCGGGGUACAGCCUGGACAGGUCUCCAGCCUAUCACAGGGCCAGAUAUAUAACAUGACAGAAUUUAUAUUAUUAGGGACUAUUGCUGUUUCUAUUGGGCACUGUUUGUUAUUGGCUGUGAAAGGAAAGAGUCAAUCAGAAGACAAAGAAUUUUCAGACAUCAGAUGGUUUGUGUGUCUUAAUGCAGUAACAGGGAUGCAGUCAUCCGUGUCACCUGAGCACGGUGGACUUGAAUUAGUUCACAACAAAAUCGGUUGUAGGACCGUCCAGUCACGUCUAUUUUCCUUUGACUCGGUUGAAUCACGUCCGUCUGUUUCCAGGCUCAUAUGCUGAGUAUUCUAAAUAUUGAAUUUUGCUAGCCAGGAGAGUAGAGUCAUGACAUUAAUGAAUGGGCUCAUAUAUAAACGCAUACCAAACAAAAAACCUUUACUCAAGGACCUGACCUGCUUUAUUUCUGAGGCUUGAUUCAUUUGCAUUUUAUUCAGUGCAUUCGUAAGAUUCCGCCUCAAAGGUAGUUCAUACGUAAUGUAAUAAAACUACUCUUUCCAACUGAAACCAUCAGCUUUUCAAUCAGUUUAGUGAUUAAUAACAGAAACCACUUUUAUUUCAAUCUGUACUACUCUCUUCCUCUGUUCUUCCUCCUUCAUUCCUCCACUUUUUUCCCAACAUUUUUCCGUCUGAGCAGCUCUCGUCCUCCCUCUCAUCCCUUGUGUUUUACAUCUUUUGCUUCAUUUUCACCUCGUCAGCACCUCCUGAACGGAGGGAGAACCUAUCUGGGAUAUUGAAGUAUUUUUUUUUUUUUUUUUUGGUGGCGAGGGAGUCUCGUGUGGAGGCGUGCGUACGCGAUUACUGUGAGAGAUUUUCUUGCAUUUCAGUGGGAGAAAUAUUCAUCGGUGCCAUGAAUUCUUAGUGGAUUUAUUUUAUUUUUUUGUCUUUUUUAUGACUUUUGUCCCGCCCCUCAUGGCCGUCCAAUCACCUUUAAGAGCCAGUUGAAGGUGGAUCUCCCUGACUCCGCCCACCUCAUCGCCUUGUCAUUCACCCUGUGGUUGCCUCAGCUUCAGGAGGAGUGAGGGAAAGGGUAAAAGGAAAAAGAUGGAUGGCAUUUUGGUCCUUAUUUCACUCUUUUUUUUUUUGUUCCUUUCCAUCAACUGGAAAACACAGGGUGCUCCCCUCCCCAGUCGGCCACCACAAAAAUAUUGUUCUUCUUUGCUUCUUUGUCGACGUUCAUUUGUCCCUCCUCGUUUGCUGGAACAAUCAUUUCACUCCUGUUAAAAACACAACAGACGAAAGGAAGGCUGCCACUUCCUUCCGACUACUGAUUUACAAACGGACGAGACGUCUAUUUUUUAACAGAAAACUAUACGGAACGUUUGAACUAUGUUUUUAUGUUUCAUUUUAUUUUGUUGGUUUGUUUUCCCGCUCCUCUCUCCCCUUCCUGGAUUUAAUUAUUUUUUUUUAUUUUUUUUUUUUAAGAAGAGGAGGAUUCCUUCGAGACUGUACUGAUCUCCACCCGACACCAAAACACCACAGACACUGCAAUAAAACACUGGAGUUUAGAAAAGAAACACACACACACACACACACAUACACGCACAAAUGUUGUGUUACUAUACUUCAGGGGAUACUUUAUAUUUCCUUCCCGCUCAACCAUUAACCUUCGGCCAGAUAUGAAGAAAACCACCACGUACCGGAUAGUGUUUCAAAGCAAGUAGUAUUUCACUUUGGCCCUUUUAGUUAUAAAAGAAUCAGUGCACUCCAUGGAGGUUAUUAGCCUCUACUGAAUGCGUUACCUCUUAGAAACACAGACAACCUUAGCAUUAUUUCAAAUACACCAACUUAUUAAUAUUUAGGGCAACCCACUUAAAGUAUUAUCUAAGAAAAGCAGUAUAAGUUGCCCUCUAUCCUUUUCAAAAGCAAUGUUAAUGUUACACCUGUUGUAUAAUAGAGCUGUGGAUAAUGUAAUAUACCUGAGUUAAUUGUUAACGCUCAAAUGUGGCGAUAUUUAGUUAUUUUUUUUGUUUGUUUGUUUGUUUUAGAUUAUUUUAAAUCGAAUAUAUCCAGGAUCUUGACUGAUGUUCAGGCGCAGCGUGAGGUAGUUGUUAGUUCUUACAAGCAUUUCAAUCAGCGAAUAGCCCGCGGGUGUAGUGAUCUAACGAGGGGAUAAUUCGCAGCGUUAAAUCUCGGGAACACUACUUAAAAGUUGAAAACACCUGAUGCCUUUUCAGCGACGCCCGAGCACAAACGCGUCAACGCUGAACUGUGUUCACCACGAUCUGUUCCCUUUAAACUUCAGCUCUUUUCUUUCUCCUCCACGGGGUUUGAAUACAGUUUAUUUCAUGCUGCGUUCACGACUUAAUAAUAUAAGUUAAAACAGUGUUUUCAUUUAGAUUAUUGAAGAAAGUUACAAAAAUACAACUGGUUACAAGUGUUUCUUUCGUGGCACUGCCUGUCUGUCUGAAUUUAGGAUUCUGUGUUCAGAAACGUAACAGAUUGCAGCAGUAGUUAUUGGUCCAAAAUGCAUUUCCUCAAUUAAAUCUUGAAAGUUGAGUAGUAGCCUGGAAGCCAGCCCAAACUGGUCUGGAACCACUCCGCUAGGACCUAAUUAUGCUCCAGCAGAGAUCUAUCAGUCCAGUCAAAUCCUCUGGCUAGGCUUUAUGAGUUUUUUUUUUUCCUCUGUAUCCGUUGAGAUGCCCCACAAAUGGAAUCCCAACAAUGGGUUAACAGACUCAUGUUCUGAUAACAUUUGAGUUUGGUGCUUUGCCGGACAGACAGAAAAUCAAACACAUCGUUCUUACUCCUACGCUCCCUUCUCUCAGACGUCUCCUCUCCUUUAAGCGUUGUUCACUAAAAGCAACCGUUGUUCAACCGUUGUUUAUUAGCUCUGACACGAGCUGCUCAGUUCCAGUGGCCACAGCUGACUUGUGGUAGAGUAGCAUUUUAGCUGCGUGAUCGCAAAAUGACGCCAACGCACCAGCGCAUAAGUGUAAACUAAGCUUCAUUCGGUUGUAACCCAUUGACUUGAACGCAGUCUUGGACACACUUGUGCAGAAUUGGGAACUUUAGCUUUAAUUAAUAAUGAGCAAGGAGUAAGACGAAGGAAGAGAAAAUGUUCUCCGAGUCAGAAAUGUCCCCCUGAGUAUAGUAACACUAUAUUUAUUCACACACACACACGCGCACACACACACACACCAGGGUGGCCUACCUGGGCACUGCUGCUGCUGACCUCUGCCUCUGUGACCUCUCACCUUUGACCUCACCACUGUCUUGUCGCCCACAUGGACGCCUGCUCCUGAUUGGCUGCAGGAAGCCGCAGGGCUGAUCUGUGGUUGGUCAAUUCAGGAAGAGAGGUGGGAGGAAAUCCCAGGUGCAAAAAAAAAAUAAAUAAAUAUAAAUAUAUAUAUAGAUAUAUUAAUGAAAAACAAAAUAUAUAGAGAGAAAAAAAAGAAGAUACUUAUUAUGUGAGAUGGGACACUUACACCCCAGUGCUUCAUGGGAAAUGUAGUUUGAGGAAAACAAAUGUUUGUAGUUGCCUGCGGAGGCAGAGACAACAGAUCUUAAAAAAAGAAACGCCUAUGUCUCUACCAGACCGGUCACUCAGAAUGCAUUUAUCUUAGUAUUGUUAAUGUUAUUUAUUUUAUAUUUUGUUAAAACUGUGAUUUUAAUUGUACUUAUAUAAACGGAAACCCUUGAACAUCCAA